AUGUUUUUGCGCCUGGCACGGCUAUCCCGAGCCACGACAAGUCGACCGAUCAUCACCAUUGCCUCCGCCAAUGGCCGGAGGUCAAUUGGUUCCGUGAGCGCGAUUGACUCGAGUAUCUUCCGCACUCUGUUUGGCACUGAAGAAAUUCGCAAGGUCUUCGACGACGAAGCAUACAUCCGUCGUUGUAUAGAUGCCGAGGCCGCUCUUGCUCGUGCCCAGUCCAAUUGUGGUGUCAUCCCAAAGGAUAUUGGGCCUCGAAUCACCCAAAAAGUGGAAGAAUCCAAUCUGGACUUUGAGCGCUUACGACACGAAACUGAGAUCGUCGGUUACCCUAUCCUGCCUCUGGUGCGCCAGCUGUCGGAUAUCUGUGGCGAUGAAGCUGGCAAAUAUGUACACUGGGGAGCGACUACACAAGAUAUCAUGGACAUAGCGAGUGUUUUGCAAAUGAAGGAGGGAUUGGACAUCGUUGAGCGGCUUCUCAAGGAUGUCAUCAAGACUCUUCGGGAGCUCUCGGAGAAAUACAAAGAUACCCCCAUGGCUGGACGCACGCAUUUGCAACAUGCCCUACCGGUGACCUUUGGCUAUAAGUGUGCUGUCUGGCUCUCUGGUUUCCAGCGCCAUGCCGAAAGGUUGGAGGAGCUUCGAAAGAGAGCUUUGCUUGUCCAAUUUGGCGGGGCUGCAGGUACACUCUCCUCCUUAGGAUCCGGAGAUGACGGAGUCCGAGUACGCAAGGCUCUGGCACAAGAGCUUGGUCUCCAUAAUCCCUCCAUUUCCUGGCAUGUUGCUCGUGAUGGUAUUGCCGAGGCCGCCAACCUCCUGGCUCUUAUUGGAGGCACCAUGGGCAAGCUUGCCCUGGACAUCAUUAUCAUGUCUUCCAAUGAGUUCAGCGAAGUUGCAGAGCCUUUCGUACCUCAUCGUGGGGCAUCUUCCACCAUGCCGCAAAAACGGAAUCCCAUUUCCAGUGAGGUGAUCUUGGCUGCAUCCAAGAUCCUCCGGUCCAACGCAGGUCUGGUUCUCGACGGUAUGGUCGCUGACUUUGAGCGCGCCUCUGGCCCCUGGCACCUGGAAUGGGUAGCUGUACCGGAGAGCUUUGUAAUUGCUGUUGGAGCCCUAUCGCAGACACAAUUUGCUCUUUCUGGCCUCUCAGUCAACACCCAGAAGAUGUUGGACAAUCUCCACUCCACCAAAGGACUGAUUGUGGGAGAGGCUGUGAUGAUGGGUCUAGCUCCUUAUGUGGGCCGUCAGCGAGCCCAUGAUAUUGUUUAUGAAGCGUGCCGUGAGAGUAUUGAGAAUGAUCGGACACUUCUUGAGUGCCUCUUGGAGAAGGAGGAAGUCACUCUCAAAAUGAGCCAACAGCGUCUGGCGGAGCUCUGCAAUCCUGAGAACUACCUUGGCUCAUCAGCGAGAAUGGUGGAUGAUGUAUUGGCUGUCAACUAA